AUGCUCCGAUUCUUGACAGUCUCCCAAAUCCAGCGAUUGCAUGCAAGAUUUGUCGCUGCGAAUAGUGUUCCAGCCCAGCCAAGCAUGCUGGAAUCUGCAGUUCACUCGCCGAUGAACAUGAAGCAUUACGCGAAGGUGGAAGACGUCUUCCAGCUGGCUGCAAAUCUUGCGGAGAAAAUAAUGAAGAACCAUGCGUUUCAGGAUGGGAACAAACGCACUGCCUUGCUGGCCGCCGACAUGUUCCUGAAAAUCAAUGGCUACUACCUUCAGAAAGUACCACUCGCGGAGGAUAUUAAUAACAAAGGGCUAGCAGAUGCCCACGUCGCCGUCGUUACCAAUCAGUGGACUGCCGAACAGCUGGGAAACUAUUACAGAUCUGUGGCAGCUCCACUUGGACCAGUCACUGCAGAAGUCAUGGAGUACAGGAGCUCAGCCACCGAGUACUAG